AUGCGCCAAUGGCUAACAGCCAAACGCUCCUACAUCGCCCCCGUCGAACUCGGCGCCAUCAUGCGCGGCCAAAGCAUCGCCCAAAUCAUCACCGUGGGCUCGGCACUGUCUUCAAAAUUCAAAUCCGGCGAUUGGGUCGUCGCUUACUCCGGCUGGACCGAGUACGCCCUCCUCAGCGCGAAGGAAGUCGAACCAUUCUCCGUACCGGUCGGUGGUCGACCAACGGACGCGAUGUCCGUUCUCGGAAUGACGGGAUUGACGGCGUAUUUCGGUAUGACGGAGGUGGGCAAGACGAAGGUGGGGGAUACGGUUGUUGUUUCUGGCGCUGCGGGUGCGACGGGGAGUGUUGCUGGGCAAAUUGCUCGGAUCCAGGGUGCGAAGAGGGUGAUUGGACUUGCGGGGAGUCGGGAAAAGUGCGAAUUCCUGGUCAAGGAGUUGGGCUUUGACGCGGCGGUUAAUUAUAAGGAUGCCGAUUGGAAGAAACAGCUUAAGGAGGCGACGCCCGAGUAUAUUGAUGUCUUUUUUGAUAAUACUGGUGGCGAGAUUUUGGAUGCUUGUCUUGCGCGCGCGAAUCGGGAUUCGAGAUUCGUUAUUUGUGGGGCUAUUUCGCAGUAUAAUACUUCUAAGCCGAAGGGUCCGGCUAGUUUUAUGACUGUUAUUUCGCAACGCGUUACGAUGAAGGGGUUCAUUGUUUUUGACUAUGCGAAGCAAUAUGCCUCUGCUGUGCAGGAGCUGGGCUCUUGGUUAGCGCAGGGUAAGCUCAAGCGCAAGGAGCAUAUUGUUCCCGGUGGAAUUGAGGGGACCCCUCAGGCUCUGGUUGACCUGUACAAGGGUGUCAAUACUGGAAAAAUGAUGGUUGAGGUUGCUCCCGUGAGCGAGGCUCUUCCAUCCAAGGCUAAGCUGUGA